AUGAGCGAGAGCGCGGCUCUCGCGUGGAGCGGCCACUCUCCAGCAUGUUACCACGAGCCCCGGGUUCAUGAUCAUCAACUUUACUUCCAAUUACGCGAUCUCAACCUUUAUUUCUUGCUUCCGAUCUCUUUACUCGGCAUUGCUUUGAAUGCUGGCGCAAUGGUUAGUUUCUUUUCUUUGUGUGAUCAUAGUGUUCCCUGUUCCACUUUCUGUGUUCUUUACCAAAAGUCGCUUCUCUUCAACUUUGAAAAAUUAUCUAACUGACAAAUGAUAAAUUUCACUUUUCUCAUGUUCCGAAAAAACUUCAAUUAUGAUCAUCGAAACUUUCUGUGCUUUUAAAAAUAUGUUUCUUUCCACUUUAAAUACUAAAGAUACGAAUAUCAGACCCAACGAGUAUUUAAUUAUUUUCAGUAAGAAUUCAAAAAAUUUCGAUCGCGCUUUUUCAAAUCUUUCUCUAGUCCAAUUAUUCAAAAAUCUCGAAUUUCGUUACGAUUGGGAAUAACAAAAAAAUUCCACGAAACCAAUUUUGGCGUCUAACUUUCAAGAUGACGGAAAACUGGGAACGCUCGGAAUGUUGCUCACAAUGGAGGCGUGAAACAAGAUCCUCUAUUUUCUGAGGAAAUUCCGGGAUUGGUGAGCCAUAUUCAAUGGUGUGAGGAAGAGCAUCGAGACAUCCUCUCUUUGAAAAAAAAAGAGGAACACCCUGGCACAGAAAAAUGUCAUAUCACCAGGCACAUUGUGGCGCCGCCAACUCAGUGGUGUUCAUUUCGUAGUCAACAUUGAGUUUCAUAAUUUUCAAAGAUUUUCAUUUGCUAGCCAAGAAAGAAUAAAUUUCGAGUCUUCAUCAUAAAACUUCGAUAAAUGGUUUACGAAAAACAAGUUUGCGAACGGAGUUAUUUGUUCAGAAAAGCUUGGUAUUUUUUUAAUUCAGUUCUGAACGGAUUUUUCGCUUCAAAAGCAAACAAACAUUAGAAAAAAAAACUUCCACCACCCGACCCGAAAAUGUUCAUUAAAAGUUUUGGCCUCUCGAAGUAAAAACCUGUCGGACACUUCAAAGCAAAAGAAAAAAAAAACAAAAAUGUCAAGAUCGGCUUUUCCUAAGAUACCAAAGAUCAAAAUGGAACCUGGGAAAAUUGUAGAAAAAUUAAGAAUUUCAUUCCAAAACUUGUCAGUUUAGAUAAAAUGGUUCAAACUGAAACUUUUAAAUUGUGAAAAACACUCGGAGUGUUCUAAAAUAAAACAUGAAAACCUAAUUGCGAAACUCUGACUUCAAAUAAAUUACAAAAAAAUAUUUGUACAACUGAGUUGACAAAAGCUUGAAAAAAAAUGUUAGCAAAUAUGAAAACUAACAGGAAAACCGGAUCUCGAGGAUAUUUUUACAGCUCAAAGUUGAACAUUUUGGUUAUUAGAGCAAGAGAAUCAGAAGUGGCUCUUGUCUGGUAAAGAUUUUGAGAGAAAGAGGAAAAUUGCAGGCAGUGUAAGAAAGCGUUUUUUGGAUUUCAUUAUAUUUUUUUUGAAAAAAACUUUUUUUCCAAACUUUUUUUCACCAAAAAAGGACUUGUUUUUUUUUUUCAUUAAAUGAUAAGAUUGACUUGGAAUUUCAAAAACAGCAAAUUCAUCUGGUAGGUAGAAAAAAAUGGUGGUCGCAUGUGGAAUGGCUUGACAUUUAGCGGUCGGGCUUUAGCUGAAAAAUUUGAGCUUUUGAUUAGUUUUUGUAACGCUUUCAAUGCUCCUCACAGCAAGUCAUUCUAAAUCGGGCAUUUCUGCUGAUUUGAGCCAUUUUAAAAACUCAAGUAGAAAAUUUUAUUUGAUUUGAAACUCAAGUAGAAAAUUUUUAUUUGAUUUGAAACUCAAGUAGAAAAAUUUUUAUUUGAUUUAUUUGAAAAAUUUUUAUUUGAUUUGAAAGGAAUAUAUCUGAGUUUGAUUCCACUUGUUUCAGAUUUUCCUCUACCGACCGCCAAAAAUUACGUCUGGAGUCUUCGUUUACCUCAAAGCGUUGCUUAUACUCGAUCAUGUCCUACUCGUGGUCAAACUUGCAACUGAAUUCUUGCCUCUCAUCUGCGAUCUUCACCAUUCCGCCAAUCACACCUUCUACGAUAUUUGCAUGUUUGAGAGGAGGUUUCUCAAACACACGAUGCCAAGGUGUGUUUCCAUGAAAAACUGAACAUUUUAAUCAAGUUUCGCCACUUGAAUGAUUUUCAGGAUUGAAACAACAAUCAGCACGAUGCAUGUUUGGUGUAUCGCGGCUCUCAGUGCUCACCGCUAUUGGAAGGUGACUUAUAUUACAUCAUAUUUGAAUCCCAUUCAAUCUCUCAGAUAUCCCGACCGGUGAUCGCUCGACUCAAAGAUACAGUGGGACGAGCUCACACGAUGCUUUUUGGAAUGUUGGCCUCAGCUUUGCUUUUCCGAACGCCAAUUUUCGCUUUGGAACUCGAAGUUCGAUGGAAUCCUCAUGUGCGCAUCAAUAAGCGGAUUGCAGCAACUGAGGCAAGUUUAAGAGUCGACCAAAGCCGUUGAGAUAUCACAAUAUUGCCUCUUUUCAAUCCAAAAACGAGAUUCUUCGCCAGGAAACUACAAGAAUAGAGAAAAAAGUCUUUCUGCUUCAAUUUAUCAGUUUAUGAAAACAUCCUCAGAGUUCAUUCACAUUCCUGGAACUUUUACAAAAACCUAGACGAUCACGUGAUCUUAUUUUCCUCACAUCAUCGAGACACAAUUGUUUUGAGCCAAAAACCUUUGGAAUCGGUGCAAUUUAGACAGAAUGUUGUCCUGUAAAGCCAGGAGCCGAUUGGCUCUUGGAUGGGCCCCAACCAAAGGUUGUUUCAACAUUCCGGCGGCUAAAUCUGUUUUCCACGCAAAAGGUCGCGCAGCCUCUAACCACCAAAACAAUGCACCGCCAACGAUAAUUGGACCGAAUAUCUCAUUUCCUGGGAGGAAAGUGAAAAACUUUGUUUUAGAGGGGUUCGAGUACCAAAAAGUGCAAAAAAAUAAUAAUAAAAAAAAUCAGGGAUGUUAACUGAAAGGAAAUGUAAACUGUAGAAGUAAUCUACAGUACCAUCAGAUAAGAUACAUACAAAUUUUUGCUCACAAUUUCCUCAUGAGGAGCUCAAUCUAUUUCAAAGUUUAUGAAACUGCGUUUCUUUCUGCGAGCUGAAAUUUUACUAGAGUGUUAAAAAUAAGAAUCACCAAAACUCCAGAGAGUUUCAAAAUGUUUAAACUCCAAACAAGAAAGUUGGGAUUAAGAACGCGUUUUUUUUCGUGUUUUUUUGUGACGGAACUGGGGAUGAUCCUUAUAGAAGAUAUAAUCAAACAGUUUUCUUUGAUAUACUCAGAAGACCUUAAAAAAAGCUUCCCUACCGAACACCGGGAGCAAUCUUGUAAAUCUUGUAACCCAAAUGUUUCUCUUAGUUCAAAAGCUUAACUUUUUGGCCUCGAAAAGCUGUGAUCGAAAAGAAAAUUUUUAAAAAUCAUACAUUUGUGCGAAAACUAAUUCUUUCAGAUCCUCUCACCCUACCGAUUCAUCUACCACUCCGUCUUGGAACCUUUAAUGGGGAACAUUGUCCCAUUCGCCUUGAUGUCGAUUUUCUCUCUUCUUACGCUUUACGAAAUCUACCGAAGCCGUCAUCUCUCCUACCAACAAAUCGGCUUCGGAACAGCAAAACGCACCAGUUUGACGUGAGCUCCAAGAAAAAAAAAGAACAUUCAGAUGAAUUUAUAGUCAUCCUCUGACAAGCUGUUUCCGACAGAAAGCCGAGGUGCUCCGUCAGAAACAAGAACUUCGCGCCACAGUUUCCAUUGUGGCCAUUAUCCUUCUCUACCUCGUAUUCCACAGUUUAAAGCUCUACACGAUUAUUCGAAAAUGGCAACUGUUGAUUAAUCAUCAGUGCCCGAACAGGUGAAAUUUUAUGAACAAAAACUUCGAAAAAUUUGAAAGCAAAGUUAUAAAGAGAUGAGGAAACAUUUAUUGAAAAACGAAAAUUGAGAGAAGCACAGGAAAAGCAUUUUUAACAAAAAAAAACUGAGAUCCUGUUUUUUGGCAUGAAAAUCGUAGUCGAACUUUUGCGGCCAAGUUUUUGAAUAAAAAUCUAGUACAAAGGGAAAAAAGUAACUCAUACUUUUGCAAAAGUUUCACGAAACCGUAUUACAUGAAAAAAAGUUGGCGGAAAAUCGAUUGUUUCAGGAAUAUUUCUUAUUCAAGGCCAGCGGUUAGGCCAUUGAAAUAACAGAAGUUGAAAAUCAUCAAAGCCUUCAAAUUUUUCAAAAGCCAUGAAACAGGAUUAUCCCUUUGAAGGUUUAUAUUUUAACUUCCAGAAGCGACUACUUCCAAUCACACCUGUCGAACGUGCUCUGCAUGGUGUCGGCGUCGGUGAACGCUUUCGUGUUCAUCGCCUUCACCAACCGACUGAAGAAAUACGUCCGGCUGCUGCUCAGGAAGACUUCUCGCACUCUCUCCAACUCCAGCGACCCUCCACUCAGUCCGAAAACGACCGUCACCAUCGAUGCAGCCCACCACUUCAACGUGAACGUCUGA